UCAUUCAUAAGAACUGGCUGGUUGGCGACAGCCAGUGCAUGUGGCCACCCGAAAUGAGGCAUUUAUGCAGCUUGUUUAGAGCUCAAGCAAGUCCAGGUCCUCACUGGUACCGGGUGCCCUGUGUUGUGCUGCAUAAAUAUGACACCUACGCUGAAGCACGACUCAACCUGUCCAAGGCAUCAGGGUCAUCUAGCUUCAGUGCUCAUGAGAAAAGUUACCGAAAGGGGAAACGCAAAAAAAAUCUAGGACGAUGGACUUCCCACAAGAGCAGCUUCCAUCACCACCUGCUUCCAUGCUUAAAAGAGCAAGAUAUAUUAGCCCGGACGCAGGUCUACCAGAGACCCACUCUGUCCUUUGUUGCCAACAAACUCGGUGCACAGUGAACCAAGAUGUGUUAGUGCAGCACAAAGGCCGGCCACCGAGCCACGGUCUACUUGGCAGUCGGCAAGCUCGGCACAGAGUGAAGCAAGAUGUGUUAGUCCAGCACAAAGGCCUGCAACCAAGCCACCAUCCGCUAUGCAGUCAGCAAGCUCAGCACAGAGUGGAACAAGAUAUAUUAGUCCAAUACAAAGGCCUACCAGUGACCCACUAGGUGUUUGGCCAUCAGUGAGAUCUGCACAUAGUGGUAAGGCAUGCCCUACGAUAUGUCUAUGCAGUAUGUUGUGUGACCAUAAGAUUUUCAGCGAUUAAUGGAAAAAGCAAGUGAAUUGCAUCAACUUCUCAAGACCAAGAAGUUUGUAGUAUUAAGCCACUACAUAUACUACAGGAUACGUGUGUUGCUACAAAUGGAUUUCCUAGACUUAGGUGCUGAAAUUCGGAUGUUGCUUGAGUUUUUAUUUAAACUACAUUUUUAAAUUACUACUGUCCUAAUUUGACUUUUUAUGUCCUCUAAGUGUUGACUGACCGAGACUGUGGACAGACAUAUUCAUGCAUGUUGCAUGUUUUAGAAGUGAUAGCAUCCGAGAAUGUGUUAGCAUGUGAAUAGCAUCCGAGAACCGGAUGCUCCAGACAGUUUUAAUCAGAAACGAGGAGCAAGAUAGGCAGCUGGAUGCAAUUCAAAGACGCAUCUGCCACGAAACACCUGAAGUAAGCAGCAACGAUGUCGUGGAGAACCAAUUUCUUGACGUCGAGGAAUUUGAAAACUUUGAUAGUGAACUUGCCGUCAAUGCAACCAUGAAGUCACAGUUGGUAUGGUUCCUUUCUUUUGAAUACGUAUUAAUUAGCUGAAGUAGAGUAGGCUGCAUGUUACUAAUAACAUAUUUUGCUUUUAUAGCUAUACCAGUUAUCUGGCAUUGGAGGUUCAUCAGUUGGCACAGCCACAAGACGAAUUCUAGAAUUGCUGCUCAGCCAUGAAGUGCCUGUGCAGUACAGCUGGGCAGGACAAAAGGGAAAGAAAAAAUUCAUGAACCUCAAUACACCAGAGGUUAUCUUUAAUGUUGCCUCGGACUACUCAGACUCAGAUGCCUGAAAACCUCUUCUGACCACCAAUUGUAAUUAAGGCUAGAAUAAAUUAUUUUCUGUCAAAAAACUUUGUUUCUUUUAUUGUCACAGCCAAGCACCUCUUUGUUGCUUGAUGCAGU